AUGCCCGUACCGCCCCCUCCAGCACCCCCGCCACCGCCCACGUUUUCUCUGGCCAAUACAGAAAAGCCUACCUUGAGUAAGUCAGAGCAGGCUGGGAGAAAUGCUCUUCUCUCUGACAUCAACAAAGGGAAGAAACUAAAGAAGACAGUCACCAAUGACAGAAGUGCACCGAUAUUGGACAAACCUAAAGGAGCUGGUGGUGGUGGCGGAGGCAGCAGUGGGAGUUUUGGAGGGGGUGGACCACCCGGUUUGGGAGGACUGUUCCAGGCUGGGAUGCCAAAGCUGAGAUCCACAGCCAACAGGGAGAGUGAUUCUGGAGGAAGCCGACCCCCAAUUUUGCCACCAGGAGGAAGACCCACAUCUGCCAAACCUUUCUCGCCCCCAAGUGGCCCAGGGAGGUUCCCUGUGCCUUCUCCAGGCCACAGAAGCGGACCUCCAGAACCUCAGAGGAACCGAAUGCCUCCCCCGAGGCCCGACGUGGGCGCGAAGCCUGAUAACAUUCCGCCUCCAGUGCCUAAUACUCCAAGACCCGUUCAGUCAAGUCUGCACAACCGGGGGUCCACCCUAGUGCCCGGGGCCCCCAGGCAGCCCAGCCCCGGGCCGACUCCUCCCCCUCUCCCCGGAAACCGAGGGGCUGCUUUCGGUGGAGGCUCCAGCCGCCAGACCCCGUCAGGCUCCUCCUCGCCCUUCUCCAACCGGCCUCCCCUCCCCCCUACCCCGAGCAGGGCCUUGGAUGACAAACCCCCUCCUCCGCCCCCUCCAGUGGGCAGCAGGCCCUCCAUCCACAGGGAGGCCGUCCCCCCGCCUCCCCCUCAGAACAGCAAGCCCCCGGUGCCCUCCACCCCGCGGCCUUCCCCCUCCGCGCAGGCCCCGCCCCCGCCCCCCAGCCGGCCGGGCCCUCCCCCAGUGCCCCCAGGGUCCAGUGGCGGAGGAGGCGGCGGCGACGAAAUCCCGAGGCUCCCACAGCGGAACCUGUCCCUCUCGUCGUCCUCGUCGUCGUCGUCAUCUGCGCCUCCCUUACCUUCACCUGGGCGGUCGGGACCUCUUCCUCCCCCGCCCAGCGAGAGACCCCCUCCUCCGGUGAGGGACCCACCGGGCAGAUCAGGCCCUCUCCCACCACCUCCUCCAAUGAACAGAAAUGGCAGCACAUCCCGGGCCCUGCCUGCCACCCCUCAGUUGCCAUCCAGGAGUGGAACAGACAGUCCCAGAAGUGGGCCCCGGCCUCCUCUUCCUCCCGACAGGCCUGGCACUGGGGUGCCUCCCCCACCUCCACCAUCGACAUCAAUUAGAAACGGCUUCCAAGACUCUUCAUGUGAAGAUGAGUGGGAAAGCAGAUUCUUCUUCCAUCCGAUUUCUGAUUUGCCACCUCCAGAGCCAUAUGUACCAACAACCAAAAGUUAUCCCAGUAAAUUGGCAAGAAAUGAAAGCCGGAGUGGAUCCAACCGAAGAGAAAGGGGUGCCCCACCCCUUCCUCCUGCCCCGAGGUGA